UCUGCUAUAGAGUAUAUGAAAAUAUUUCUGCCCAUGUUGUUGGAAUGUCCUAGCAGAAUAGAAUAAGAGCAAAAAGCAAGUUUUGGUAAAAUAGUUCUAACAUAAUCGGGAAGAAUAUGGUUUCCUAGAUCUGUAGAUGCAAGAAGGGUAUGGUCAUGUGUUACGAAAAAAAUAUUUUAUUCAGUGGCACAACACUUAGCAGUGACACUUUUUUUAAUGAAAAUGUUUGAAGCACCUGGAAUUGAGCCGUGAUUGAUUCGUGAAUAUUUAUAUACGAAUCUUCGAGUACAACCUAUUUGGAAAUCAACAUUUUUUGAUGCAGUACAAUGUGAACGAACUGCUAAUGUUGCUUUUGGGCAAUUGGAGAUAUUUAUGUGUAAUAUGCAUGCUUUUGGAUUAUCUAAAAAUAUUUGUUUAGAAUUUUCAAGAAAACAAUGUGUUAUUGCAAACUUAACCAAAGCUAUUUAUUAA